AGCCAUCGAAGCUACAGCGGAGGCAGAAUAACACUGAGAACCUAGCAGACAGAAAAGGGAAGGGUACAUUUUGAUAAAUCCAUCUUCAUCCUUUACAAAUUAUGAAAGGAUGUCUUUUAAAAUAGCAAGUGCAUAAAGUUCACACUUAAUCCUAUCCAGGAAACCCCGUAUUGAGGUUUUUCGAAUUUCGGAAUGUUUUAAAACGAAGGGUGAAAGCUGGAGAAUCGCUGGCAGUAUUAGCAAGCUAGCCACCUAUUAAAAGAAGGGGACUCUUGAAGAUAGACUGGAUGAGAGACAUUGAAUAGACGUGUCUAAAAAUUCGAGUGCGUUUGGAACAGCAAAGAAGAGAAGCCGAUAGAUCGUUUUUCUUUUUGUACAAGAGCUAGCUACAUUGCUAGCUAUUAAUUUUCGCCAAAAUGGAAUUGAGAGUGGGAAACCGAUACAGACUUGGUAGGAAAAUCGGAAGUGGAUCAUUUGGAGACAUCUAUUUGGGUACGGACAUUUCUGUGGGGGAGGAGGUCGCCAUCAAGUUGGAAUGCGUGAAGACGAAGCACCCCCAGCUCCACAUCGAGAGCAAGAUCUACAAGAUGAUGCAGGGUGGAGUGGGCAUUCCCACCAUAAAGUGGUGCGGGGCGGAGGGCGACUACAACGUGAUGGUCAUGGAGCUCUUAGGGCCGAGCCUGGAGGAUCUCUUCAACUUCUGCUCCCGUAAAUUCAGCCUGAAGACCGUGCUGCUGCUAGCUGACCAGAUGAUCAGCCGCAUCGAGUACAUCCACUCCAAGAACUUCAUCCACAGAGACGUGAAGCCCGACAACUUCCUCAUGGGCCUGGGCAAGAAGGGCAACCUGGUCUACAUCAUCGACUUCGGCCUGGCCAAGAAGUACCGCGACGCCCGCACCCACCAGCACAUCCCUUACCGCGAGAACAAGAACCUCACCGGCACCGCCCGCUAUGCCUCCAUUAACACCCACCUGGGCAUCGAGCAGUCCCGGCGUGAUGACCUGGAGUCCCUGGGCUACGUGCUCAUGUACUUCAACCUGGGCUCGCUGCCCUGGCAGGGCCUCAAGGCUGCCACCAAGAGGCAGAAGUACGAGCGCAUCAGCGAGAAAAAGAUGUCCACGCCCAUCGAAGUCCUCUGCAAAGGAUACCCCUCGGAGUUCGCCACGUACCUCAACUUCUGCCGCUCGUUGCGUUUCGACGACAAGCCCGACUACUCGUACCUGAGACAGCUGUUCAGAAACCUCUUCCACAGACAGGGCUUCUCCUACGACUACGUGUUCGACUGGAACAUGCUCAAAUUCGGAGCGAACCGUGCGGCGGAGGACGCGGAACGUGAGAGGAGGGACCGCGAGGACCGGCUGAGGCACGGCAGGAACCCGGCAGCACGCGGGAUGCCAUCGGCCUCUGGCCGACCUCGCGCCACGCAAGAUGUGCCACCCCCCACGCCACUCACGCCCACCUCACACACAGGCAUGGAGCGGGAGAGGAAGGUGAGCAUGAGGCUUCACCGCGGCGCUCCCGUCAACAUCUCGUCCUCAGACCUGACGGGUCGACAGGACACCUCGCGCAUGUCCACUUCACAGAAUAGCAUUCCUUUCGAUCAUCAUGCCAAGUAGCUGCCCGGCACGUUCUGGUGUGACGGCAGCCCCGGGCUCUGUCGCGCGUCACUCCCAGCGGCCUGCAGUCUGCGGUUCCUCGAUGAGACCCAACCCCUCCUCUUAACCCUCUGCAUCCCCAGCACCCCACCUACCCCUACCCCUUCACGUGACACCGAGGGCAACACCACCUUGAUGGCCCGACCACCUUGACCAGGACUUCCAGCAGCCGACAAGGAUCUGUUGCAGGAAAGACGACGACAACAACAACAACAACAACAAAAAAGAAAAAAAAGGACAAAAAAAAAAAAACAACGACGACACAAAAACAACAAAAA